AUGUACGCGGCCAGAGCUAAUAAAUUCAAACCAAGCUCGCCUCCCGCUCCGGCGACCCGUAGCUACCUACAGGAAUCGAAAAAACUAGCCAGAGAGUUUUGCAACAAUACCUCCAUCCACGGUGUAAAAUAUUUCGUUGGUUCGGAACGUGCACUGAUCGAAAAAAUCUGGUGGAUCGCAGUAUUUUUGCUCUCGUUGUACGGUUGUGGAAGACUCAUCUAUACAGUGUAUAGGAAAUGGGACCACGAACCGGUAAUUGUCACGUUUGCUCAAAAACCGACCCCGGUGUUCCAGAUUCCUUUUCCGGCUAUAACAAUUUGUCCGGAAACCAAGGUGAAGAUGGAUGUGUUUAAUUUCACGAAGACUUUCCACCUUAGCGUGGAUUAUGAAAUGAGGAAAACUCUUAGUGCGGACGAAAUGAGAAAACUGCAUGCAAUGCUGCAGAUCUGUGAGUUCGGGUUUAAUGAUCAACUGUUCAACCAAACAUACGACGACGAUUGCGUGAAACUGUUGGAAGAAUUGUCGAUUCCACAGGAUGAAAUGUUCGUCAGCUGUGGUUGGCACCAGAUGAACCUGGAAUGUGCGGAAGAAUUUACACUGAUCUUAACCGAUGUUGGGUACUGCUACAGUUUCAACAUGAUGGCUAGUGAUGAUAUCAUGCGAAAGGAUCAACUUCACCCGGACUCCCGGUAUAUAGCGGAAACGCGUUCCUCCCACAAUUGGUCUCUAGAUGAUGGCUACCGACCGGGAACGGAUAUUAACACCUAUCCACGACGUGCCCUCGGGGCUGGAUUGAGAGCCGGAGUGUUUGCCUUGCUGAAAGUCAACGAAAGCGAUAUGGAUUAUCUUUGUGGUAACUCGUUUCAGGGAUUCAAAGUGCUUUUACACAUGCCAAACGAAUAUCCUCAGCUAUUGAAUCAACACUUUCGGGUCCCAUUAAAUCAAGAAGUAGCUGUAUCAGUCACUCCCAGAAUGAUUGAAACUUCCGAAAGUAUUGUGUCAUACAAGCCUACCCGCCGGCAGUGUUUUUUCGAUAAAGAGCGAUAUUUGAAGUAUUUCCGCAUCUACACUCAAUCCAACUGCGAACUGGAAUGUUUGACCAAUUUUACACUAAACCGAUGUGGAUGCGUUAAGUUCUCUAUGCCUAGGGCACCGAAUGUAAGAAUCUGCGGAAUUGGUAUGCAAACAUGCUACGACCUAGCAACGGUAGAGCUGUUGGAACUGGAAGUGAAGAUUCGAGAGGAUCACAGAUUGAAGGAUUUGGACGAAUGCAACUGUCUCCCCUCGUGUACAGCGGUGCACUACAAUACGGAGAUAUCGCAGGCUUCUUUCGAGUGGAAGCGACUGAUUUCGGUGUUUCAAAUGUUCAAGGAAGCAUUGACAGGGGUUCAGGUGUCCCAUUUGCAAGUGUUCUUGAAGGAUGCCCAAUUUAUACCGGUCAAACGCAAUGAGCUGUUUGGGUUAACGGAUUUCUUGGCAAACUGCGGCGGACUUUUGGGACUGUUUAUGGGCGUUAGUAUUCUUAGCCUGGUGGAGAUUUUCUACUAUUGCGUAAUCAAACCCGUUAUAAUGUGGAGCAAGUCCAAGAGGGAAGAUAAUCAAACAAAGCAUAUUAAACCAUUUGGCAGUAAUCUGGAAAAACUUGACAAUAAGCAAUUGAAUAUUUGGCGGAAUGAUAUGCAGGAGUUUGGAAAAUUUUAA